GCGGAGUGUGUUUUGUGUAUGCUCAGAGUUUUCCUUUUGAAAAGACACUCCCAAAAGAAAGAAAAAGGUAGACACUUAAUGAUGUUACCGUUAUGCAUACCAUAGUAUGAGUUUGGAAUUCUUGAAAUAAAUUUACACAACGGAGAAAACAAUCGUAGAGUACGGGAAACAAUGGAUCUGCGGGAGUUGAAUGCUGGUGAUCUUGUAUGGUUUGAAUCUGGGCUUGGUUAUCCUGUUCCCGGAGAAAUCAAAGAAGUUCAUGGUGCUGCUCAAAUUGUAUUAGUUGAAAGCAAAAGCGAAAAUCUGGUUGAAGGAAAAAUUUUAACGUUUGCUCAAGGCGAAGGAAGUUUGAAACGAAGAAAAGAUGUAGGGUUGGAAGAAAUUGAUGAUUUGACAAAGAUAGAAGAUCUGCACGAGGCAUCCGUGAUUUGGAAUCUUCGAGCACGCUACGAUGCUUCAAAGUUUUACACGUCGAUUGGAUCGAUCUUGGUUUCAAUUAAUCCAUACUCAAUGCAUCCACACCUAUACGGAUUGGAAAUGGCAAAAAAAUAUGAGAAAGCUGCACCUGGUCAAAUGCCACCUCAUCUUUUCGGUGUAGGACAAAAAGUUUACUCAGCACUCGAAAAUCAACGUCAAAAUCAAGUAAUAAUCGUAACUGGUGAAUCUGGAAGUGGAAAAACUGAAGCAACCAAGUUAAUUAUGCAAUAUCUAGUAGCAAAUAAUGCUGGAAGUAGAAUAAACUUAAAUAGAGUUUCGGAACAAAUUUUGGAAGCCUCUUCAUUACUUGAAUCGUUUGGAAAUGCAAAGUCAUCAAGAAAUGAUAACAGUUCACGUUUUGGAAAGUAUUUGGAAGUAUAUUUCAAAGCUGGUGUAAUAAUAGGAGCAAAAGUGAAUCAGUAUUUGUUGGAAAAAUACCGUGUAGUGAGCCAAGUCAACGAUGAAAGAAACUUCCACAUAUUUUAUGAUAUGCUUGGAGGAUUGAAUGAAAAUGAAAGAAAGAAAUAUGGAUUAUUAGAAGCAGAUAAAUAUUUUUAUUUAAAUCAAGGAGCUUCUGAUUGCAAUCCAAAUAGAGAUUGGAGCUCUUUGCAAAGUGCCAUGCAUAUUUUGGACCUAACAGAUAAUGAACGUGAAGGCAUAAAUCGAAUAUUGGGUUCGAUACUACAUCUUGGCAACGUCUACUUUCAUCGACGACAAUUACGAAGCUCAUUGGAAGGCGUUGAGAUUGGAAGUGAAGGUGCUGAAUGUAAAUGGGCGAGUCAUUUGUUAGACAUAUCAUCGGAAGACUUGAUUCGUUCUCUCAUGAUAAAAAUAACUGAAGCAAGAGGUGAACUGUUAUAUUUUCCAUUAACGAUUGAUCAAGCGUUAGAUGCAAGAGAUGCAUUCGCAAAAUUGGAACAAGCAGAGUAUCAAAAGGAACGUUUAGAAUGGACACCAUUGGGAUGGGAAGAUAAUCUGCCAGUAAUUCAUCUUCUUGCUAAGAAGCCAGUAGGAAUUUUCCAUUUAUUAGACGAUGAAUCAAAUUUCCCACGUUCAACUGAUAAAAGUUUUAUGGAGAAAUGCCAUUACAAUCAUGCACUGAAUGAAUUAUAUUCAAGAGCGAGAAUUGGAGCACAAGAAUUCGGAAUUAAGCAUUACGCAGGCACAGUUUGGUAUAACGUUGAUGGUUUUCUUGGAAAGAACCGUGACGUGUCAAUAAAGAAUGAAGUUCUUGAACUCUUAGAGAGUUCGUCUUUACCUUUGUUGCAAGACAUAACAAAACAACUGAAAACGAAUCAAGAAGGAAGAAAUUUUUCGCGAAAUUCAACUUCACGUUUUGUUUCAAUUCAACCAAGAAAAUCAACUGUUGCUGCUCGAUUCUCUGACUCGUUGCAACAUCUUAUGACAUCGAUAAGUAAAUGCAAUCCAACAUUCGUACGAUGCAUAAAUCCUAACUACGAGAAGCAGCCGAAAAAGGUUGACAUGUCUUGUCUGUUGAAUCAAGUGCGAUAUUUGGGAUUGCUUCAAACUGUUAACAUUCGAAAGCAAGGAUAUCCCGUCCGUUUGAGAUUUCCUCAUUUUGUUGAACGUUAUCGACAUUUGCUUCAUCAUCCCGUGACAAAAGGAAUGUCGUAUCGAGAUCUUUCUCAAUUCAUACUCGACUCCUUGAAUAAUGUUGAAGAAAAAGGUUAUCAAUUGGGAGCAACGAGAGUCUUCCUUCGUGAAUCAUUACAUUUGAUAUUGGAACAAGAAAGAAACGCACAACAACAACGAGCUGCUUCAACUAUUCAGAGAAAUGUACGAAAAAUGCUUCUCCGACAAAAGACUCGAAGACAACAUAAAAGUGCAAUUAUAUUGCAAAAAGUUUAUCGCGGUUAUCGUGAACGGAAACGUUAUCAAAAGAUCAAGAAAGGAAUAACAAAAGCUCAAGCACUUUACAGGGGCAGAAAAGAUCGCCGUCGUUACGAAAAGAUGAAAAAUGAAUUGAGACAUAAACGAGAAGCUGAAAUUGCAAUGAAGGAAAAUCAAAAACAAUAUUCAGCUCAUAAGCUUCCUCAAAAGGAGUCAAAUGAUGCAAACAACUCAAUAUUCCAAUUGGAUGUGCCAGCCGAAUUGGCUUUCAUUUAUUCAAAAAUUGAGAAUUGGAAUCAAGUCCAUAAUGACAAAAAUUUGGUGAAAGUUGUUGGAACAGUGCCAGGUCCACCAAUAGCUUCCGAUCUUCCUAACGAUUUGGAACAAUUUUCAUUCAACAAAUUCAGUUCAGUUUAUUGUAAUGGAAUCCAUUUACAUCCUCGUAAAGAUCCAAUUACUCAACCAUUUCUAUCAAGAACUGCUUCGAAAGACAAAGAUUUCAAUGACUCGCUUUCCAUGUUUAAGCUUAUUUUGAGAUGGACUGGUGACUCGUCAUUAGAUGCAGUGAGAGCAAAAGUUUUGGCUGAUUACAUUGUGAAUAAAGGUUUGAUGAGUAGAAAUCUGCGUGAUGAAAUCUUAGUUCAAUUAUGCAAUCAAUGCUACAGAGCUGAAGAGAAACAAUCAACAAAAAUAUGGCAAUUGAUUUCACAUUGUUUAUCGAGCUUCUCGCCAAGUGCAGCCUUUCAAAAAUAUUUACUAAAAUUCAUCAUCGACAAUGCACCUCAAGGACAGAGAGAAAUUUUAGUAAAAAAAAUUCUUCGAAAUCAUUCACAAGCACCACGAAACUUUCCCCCAGCAUAUCUCGAAUGGAGAGCUGCGAAAGAAUUCGACAUUGCUCUUGGCUUGACACUUCCCGACAACACUAUGCAAACUGUUGCAAUUGAUUCGUGGACUACAUGUGAAGAAGCAGGAAAUUUAAGUCUCGCAUCUUUCAGCGGUUUUCAAGCACAGGGUUGGACUGUUGUCUUAGAUGAUUCCGAAGCAGUCACUGAAACUUGCGGCCUCGAUUUCAUUUUGGAUCUUAUUGGUGAAAUGGAAUUGUGUUCAUCAUUUCCUGCUACUAGAAAUUAUCUUUUGAGAUUAAAGAAAAAUUCAUCAAAUGUAAUGUCGCAAUCAAAUCGUAAAUCUUACUCAAACGAAUCUGAACCUUUAAGCAGUCCAAAACGUCCAGACAUUCCACCUCCACUUCCUCCUGUUAAGAAGAAUGACGAAAUAAGAGUCGAAUAUGUCAAAAGCAAUGCUUUACGUCCACCACAAAGGAAGACGUCUAUUGAUUUAUUAUCGAGAAGUUCUGCUUUAAAUGAACGUUACUUUGAUGUUGAUAAAUCAAGAUCACGAUCACUUGACGACUUACUGAAUUCUGAUUCAGAGAGACCUUCAGUUAUUGAAACUCCCAAUAUUGAUCAACCUUUGAAUACUCUUGGCCUUUCCGAAAGCCGCUUGAAUGAUCGUUAUCUAUCAUCUGACAGAUUCGUUUCUCUUAAACAACAUCAACAUCAGCAACAACAACCACCAAUAGUCAGUCGACAAAUGAAGUUAUCAAGCAUGGGAAGGCGAAUUACAAAUUCCAAUUCAAUCAGACACGAUCGAUCAGAUCUUGUUAGAUCGAGUGGUAUGUCUGACACUUCAGAAUGUGCAAGUUUAGCAAGUCAUGUUAGACGUGUUCGUGUGCCAUCUCAAGCUAGUGACGUUGAUCAAUUCUUGGAUGAUCUUUUCAGUCCUGUCCUUGAUGGUAAUUUAGAUGAACUUUCUGAUGCGAGAUCGUUAGCUGCAUCAAUACGUGGAAAUGAGAGCGAAAAUGUCUUCUUUGAAGCUCCAAUAAUGAUUGACGAAUUGAACAUAUUACAAAAUCCAAACAGCUUAAGUCGCAUAAUUAAAGGCGGUGGUGACGAUCCAGGCACUUAUCAACAGCAACAAGUUCAACGUGCAUUCUUAGAAUCAGCGAUGGAACAAAAUAUCAAAAUUCAACAACAACUUAUAGCACAAAAUGAAGCACUUCAAACACUUUUAUGUCAACAAAAAAAUGAGAAAGCUGAAAGAACUCAAAAUUUUAAUGUCAAGCAAAUAAAUUCAAUCACAAUGCGACAUGAUGUUGAAGAAGGAAGAGAAGGCGAAGAAAAAAAUAGAAAAGACGUUAUGGAAAUGAACUCAAAGCCACCACCACCUCCUCCAAUGCCUCCACCUUUGAACAUUGAAUCGCCAUUUCAACGACCUUUUAUGGAUGCAUAUGGAAGAGCAAAAACUGUUCGAAUUGGAAAAUGGCGUUGGCCACCACCAACUGAUAAUGGACAAGUUGAUGGUGGUGAGGAUUACAUUUCCUUCAAAUUACGUCAAAAUCAACGAAAAUCUACACCUCAAUCGCAGCAUUUUGGUGAGAAUUCUAAUGCAAUGAACGAUUCGAGAGAAAUUUCUGCUUGGGAAGAAUUCGACAUUGAGUCGAUGCCGAGUUUAAAGAAUGUUGAGAGAUCGCGAGAUAAAUUUCCAUCUGUCAGUGAUCUGCAUAAUAAAAGCCAAAAUCCUAACAGAGUUCAAAAGAGAAGUUUCGAUAUUGGAUCUGAAAGGCCAUCAUCGAAUAGCGUUGGAAAAUUGAAACUCAGUUUGGAAAUGCGUCAAAGAUUGGAACAAGUGACAGCCGGUCAUUCAGUCCGUUCGAUAACAAGUAACAAAUCAGAAUUGGACAAACCUUCAAUGAAGAUUGACGAUGCUAGAAAAGCUAUGCUGGAGCAACAGUUAGGUGGCGGAGGUCACAAUGUGCGGAAUCAAAUACAAAGAAUGGAAAUUGGAAAAACUUCAAAACCUUUCAUGCCGUUGCCAUCGGUACCAGCACCACCACCUCCUAUAAGGCCUGCAAAUUCCGUGCCUCCACCUAUUAUGAAUCAUCAAAAUAAGGAGAAGAAACCUUCGUUCUUACAGAGAUUGGAUAAAGACACGCUGGGCGUAAAGGAAAAUUUUUAUGAAUCCUGGGAAUUGGCGGAAAAUGAACAAAUCGAUUUCAUGUACAAACGAUCGCGAUCACAUUCAAGAGAACGAGAACAUUUCUCUGAGUCAGUUUGGGAUAGAACUGAAGUCGAAGGGCCGCCAUCAACUGAUGAAAUUAAUAAGAUGAAGGACAAAACACGACAAAAUGAAUCAUCGCAAAUGAAACGAGAACGUGAACAUAAUUUGAGUUAUGCGACGAAAAACAACGAUAAAGAAAAGCAAUCGUCAGCAAAUGAAAAAGCGACAUUUAAGAAUCAUAUGUUCAGUCUAAAAGAACAUGAAAGGAAAACUUCAAGUUUAAUUCAACCUGUGCAGAAAGGAAAAUAUGAAGAAUCUGAGAACGAUGCCAAUGUUACGCCUCUUCCAGCAAUUCCUAAGCCAAUACAUGGAAUAGCACUUGCAAAGCCGACAGCGUGUUUGACAUACAAUUCUCAAGUGUCUUGGAAAUUGAAGGUGAAAAAAGAAUUUUUCACGCCAACAGAAAAUAUGGGCACGCCAGCAGUUAUUGAUUUAUUGUAUGCACAAAUCGUAGCCGAUCUUAUGAAGCCCUGCUUAAGGAUAAAUUCUCAAGAAAAACGCGAUGCUAAAAGUCUUUUAAGUAGUUACAGCAUUAAUUUGGAUAACAACAAAACUACUCAAGCUACAGCAAUUGCUAAACGGAAAUUAAUAGAAAUGGCAAGGUCAUGGCCAUUAUAUUUUUCAAGAUUAUUUAUGGUGUCUGCAUCACCACAAUAUCCCGAAGUUGUAAUUCUUGCAGUUCAUCAAAGUGGCGCUUAUCUUGUGCAAAGAAAUGACGAAAGUCUGACGGUGUUGAAAGCAAUUCCAUUUUCAGACCUUUUAAAUGUUGUGACGCUUCCUCGACCAGCAACACUUCAAUUAAACUUGAAAAAUGGAACACAUUAUGUACUCCACACAGUCAAAGCUGCAUCUAUUCAAGCAUUUAUGCAAUCUUUCUUGCAUGAAUUUAAAAUUACAAAAUCAAAUUAUUUGACACCUACGCAAACUAAUAAAAUGGCAACUUCUUCAUUAAUGCAUAUCAAGAAACAAGAAUCAAAUGAAGAAAUUCGGCCAACAAAUGUGACGGCAAUGAGAAAACAUAGUGGCAACAUUAUUGAGAACAUUGAGAAUAUCAACUCAAGCAAAAUGAUUAUGCAAAAACAAUCUUCAACUGUUCCACCUCAGGAUUCAUCAAUUUGUGGAGAUGAAGAGCUACUAGCAUUACAACAACCAGCAUCAAAUAAUCACUCUUUGUUACAAUUUGCACUACAACAUUUUCGAAAUGAUAUGCGCGAUGAUACAUCACAGAAUCGUUCGGAGAAAGAAGAAUCUUCAGACAACUUAUAUAUUAAUAUGGUAAAAUGCCAAUGGCAAGGAACACCUUUACGUCAACCACUCUUAAAACUUCCAUCUGAAUUGAAUUCUCUGGCUUUGGAAUGUUUUGAAUGCGUUUUACGCUAUUGUGGUGAUUUACCACAAGAUCAUGAUUACACUGAAGUCAAAUGUGUUUACACAGUAUUAAUGCAUUGUCACAAACAUUUAAUAUUACGAGAUGAAAUUUACUGUCAACUUAUGAAACAAACAACAGCCAAUCAAUCUGCUUGUGCAGACUCUUGUCAACGUGCUUGGCGAUUGUUAUCAAUCUUGGCUGCUUAUUUCAGUUGUUCUGAAGCCUUGAAGCCAUACUUGAUUGAACAUUUAACAUCAAUUGCAACUGAUAGACGAGGAACAGCUGCAGUGUGCUUAGCAAAUUUGAGAAAAACGGCUCGAUGCGGAGGAAGGAAAAAUGUUCCAAGUGUUGAAGAAGUCACAGCAGUUUCUGCUGGUCGCUCUGCUCGAAGACAAAUUUAUCGACUACCAGGUGGAGCUGAAAGAGUUGUUAACACAAGAUGUUCGACUGUUGUUGCUGAUGUCAUAAAUGAAUUAUGUUGUUUAUUAGGAAUUGAAUCUGAAAUAGAGCAACAGGAAUUUUCACUUUAUUGCAUUGUACAAGGCGAUGCUUUCACUAUGCCUUUGAGUAGUGACGAAUACAUUCUCGAUGUAACAACAGAACUUUUGAAGACAAAUCAACCGUUUUACUUGAUUUUCUGUCGUUCUGUGUGGCAUUUUCCAUUGAAGCGUGAUCCACCACCAACUCCGCUUUAUAUCGAAGUUCUCUUUAAUCAAGUUGCACCAGAUUACUUGGAAGGAUUAUUGUUAGAAAUUCCAAGUUCUGGGACACCAAGUCUUGACUAUGUUCGUGACAUUGCUCGUAUAGCAGCGACAUUACAUCGAGCAGCUGACCUCAAUCAUAUCCCUGUAAUGAAGGAAAUUAAAUUCCUUUUGCCAAAACCAGCGUUAGGCUUACGUGAAAUAAAACCAGCACAAUGGGUGAAUCUCGUACAAGCAGAAUUUUUACAAGUCGUCAUGUUGACACCGCUUCAAUGUAAAGCACAAUUUUUAAGCAUUUUAUCAACUUGGCCAUUGUUUGGAAGCAGUUUCUUUGCUGUCAAGCGAGUCUUUGGAGAUGACAUUGGAAUUUUCAAAGAAGAAAACGGAUCAAUGUGGCGUGAACUUAUUAUGGCUCUUAAUAAUAGAGGCGUUCUAUUUCUUGACUCAAAUACUCAUGAAACUCUCCAUCAUUGGAAUUUUAUUGAAAUUAUUUCAACUAGAAAGAUCAGAUCUGAAGACGCAUUGUUCCUCGACAUGAAAGUUGGUAAUUUGCUGCAACAAAGUGUCAUUCGAGUUCAAACAGAACAAGCUCAUGAAAUAAGCAGAAUAAUGCGUCAAUAUAUCUCUAUGGCACAAAUCAAUAGAAAAUAAAUUAAUAUCCUGGAGAUUUGAAGAAAUUUGGAAAAUUGAAGAUUGAUUUACAUUUUUUUAAGUAAAACAUAACUAUUUAGACAUUUGUUUAUAACUAUGCAUGUGAGAGGAGCGGCAAGUUUUUUUAAGAGUAUAAUAUAAAUAUACAAUCUAAGAUGAAAGAAAAGAUCAAAUUAAAAUAAGAAAUGUUAUUGAUUUUGACUGAAUUUAUUCAGUUAUGAUUUUCAAUGUACUCUGCAUUACAUAAAGUUAUAACAUACAAAUAUGGUUUGGGCAUAACAUUAAACAUGCUGAUGAAUGAAAUUGUUGACACUAAAAUUUAAAUAUAUAAAGAAAUGUAUUAAAUUUUCUAACAUAGUGUAGAAUAAUAAAGAAUCUUUAUAAAUAUGA